AGUGACCACCACCACUACCACCACCACCCAUCACAAGUGACGGACCGAGUGCCGGCCGGCCGACCCUGUGUCAAUUGUUUGCUGCCAGCGCUUCUCUGAUUUCGCUUUCGUUCCUUAUCCACGUCGGCCCCAAUGGCCUGACUGACGGGCAUCAGUCCCCCCCCCUUUCCCCCCUUCGCCGUGAGAGGCCACCUAUCGCCGCCAUGGCCACACCAUCCACGGCCCGCAAUGCACAGAAACGGUCCAACUUCCUGCGCGACAUCGUCGUUAUCCGCCUUAUCAAUGCGUGGUGGAUCGCCACCUUUUUCCAGCCGGAUGAGUUCUUUCAGUCCCUCGAGCCCGCUUGGCGCCUCGCCUUUGGGCCCGAGAGCGGAGCGUGGAUGACGUGGGUAUGUUGUUAUAUGUUGUAUUGACUGGUGCAGUAACAGUCAACAUACGCGUGUCUAGACAGCAUUGACUGGACUCUUCUGUUGACUCGCGUCCUCAACCGAGGCUGACCCUUUGUUCAGGAAUGGCAGCAUCAGUUGCGGUCGUCGCUGCACCCCGCGCUGUUCUCCGCCGCAUAUCUCGUGGCCGAUGGGCUCUCCAGCCUGAUCCCCGCCGGCAACGUCUUCCGUACCUUUGUCGUCAUGGCUGCCCCCAAGACCCUGCAGGCUCUCAUUGCAGCCCUCGGAGACUGGUACGCCUGGCGCCUCGCCGUCAAGAUAUACGGCCCCGGCUCACUCGCGUCCUUCUUUGCCCUGUUCCUCCAAGUGUUUAGCCCUUGGCAGUGGUAUGUAUCCACACGCACAUUUUCAAACUCUCUGGAGACGACUCUCACCAUCACGGCGCUCUACUACUGGCCGUGGGAACUGCUCGGGUCAGCCAAACCGGCCAAGGAGAAUCCAAAGGCACCCCAGGCUCUUCACAGCCUCUGGCGAUUGCGCGCCUCCCUGAGUCUGGCCGCCCUCGCUGUGGUCCUGCGCCCGACGAAUGUGUUGAUUUGGGCCACCAUCGCCGGCAUAGCUCUCACGAGGGUUACGCUGAAGGGCUCCUCGCCGCUGUCUUGGGCGGCAACAUUUACUUUUGUGAGAGAAGCCGUCCUCUGCGGGUCGCUAGUUCUUGGGACGUCAUUCGUGUCCGACCGACUGUACUUUGGCUUCUGGACGUUUCCGCCUUACAACUGGCUCAACUUCAACAUCUCCAAGUCGCUCGCCGUCUUCUACGGCCGCAACCCCUGGCAUUACUAUCUCCUCCAGGGCAUCCCGCUCCUCUGCACCACAAGCCUCCCUUUCGCCAUUGCGGGACUCUACAGCCCACCACCCACUGCGUCGCCUGACCAGGCAAACACGCUGCGAACACUCUCAUGCACUAUAUUUGCCACUGUUGGUGCACUAUCGCUUAUAUCGCACAAGGAGGUCCGCUUCAUCUACCCGCUCUUUCCGGUGCUGAACAUCCUAGCUGCGCCUUUUGCAGCGUCCUUCUUCACCUCAGAGCCUCCAUCCCCAGCCGUUGCCUCCAAACCAAAGCCGGGCGUCGCCUCACGCCCCAGCCUCCGCCACAGGCCGUACCUCUUCGCCGCACUCAGCAUCAAUCUCGUACUCGCCGGCUUCCUCACCUUUCUGCACCAACCGGCGCCCCUCACCGUCCUAUCCCAUCUCCGCAAGGAGUACGAGCGCAUCCACCCCUCCUCCGUGCGUCUCGCACACGCGACGCACCGCCCGCCGCAGCCCAGGGACGAGCUCUUCGCCAUGUUCCUCAUGCCCUGCCACUCCACGCCAUGGCGAUCCCACCUCGUCUACCCGGGCCUAGACGCGUACGCGCUCACCUGCGAGCCCCCGCUCCACACCCAGCCGAACACCCCCGAGCGGGACAACUACCGCGACGAGGCCGACCGCUUCUACGACGACCCUGUAGGCUUCCUCGCCGGCGAGCUCUUCGCCCCGGGCCGCGGCAUGGCCCUCCCGCGCUAUAUUAUCGGCUUCGAGGGGAUCGAGCCGUGGCUGCGCGAGUUCCUCGAGACCCCGCGCGGCAGGGAGCUGGGUCUCGCCCUCAGGCCGGUCUGGAGCGGGUUCAACGGGUUCGUCAACGAAGACUGGCGCCGGUCUGGCAGGAUGCUCGUGUGGGACACGGGCAUCUAUGACGACGCGCCUGGAGCCGCCCAGACCAAAACGUGAAUUCCGACAAAAUUCUCGGAUACAUAGCAUGUAAUCAAUAGACUUGUAAUUCUCCUUG